UGUUUCAUAAUGGCUGAUGAUCAAGAGAAAGACUUGCAGAAAUUUCUUAAAAAUGUGGAUGAAAUCAGUAAUUUAAUCCAGGAGAUGAAUUCUGAUGACCCAGUUGUACAAGAGAAAGCUAUCCUCAAGACAGAAAAGAGACUACUGUUCACAGAGGAAGACCAAGAGGAGGACAGAUGCAGGACCACCUUGAACAAGACCAUGAUCAGUCCUCCACAAGCUCCCACAAAGAAUGCAGAUGAAAUAAACUCAGAGGCCUUCUUGGCAUCCGUGGAGAAGGAUGCAAAGGAGCGUGCCAAGAGAAGAAGGGAAAACAGAGUCUUAGCAGAUGCCCUAAAAGAAAAGGGAAAUGAAGCCUUUGUCAGAGGCGAUUAUGAGACGGCCAUCCUCUGCUACAGUGAGGGCUUGAAGAAGCUGAAGGACAUGAAAGUGCUGUACACCAACCGAGCCCAGGCUUAUAUAAAACUUGGGGACUACCAGAAGGCAGUAGUGGAUUGUGACUGGGCUCUGAAGUGUGAUGAAAAAUGCACAAAAGCUUAUUUCCACAUGGGAAAAGCCCACCUGGCUCUAAAGAACUACAGUGUGUCUAGAGAGUGUUUUCAGAAGAUCUUAGAAAUAAACCCUCAGCUGCAAACACAGGUGAAAGGUUACCUGAAUCAAGUAGAUCUUCGGGAGAAAGCAGACCUUCAAGAGAAGGAAGCCCGUGAAUUGCUGGAUUCAGGAAAAACCACAGCCGUUACGACCAAGAAUCUCUUGGAGACUCUUUCCAAGCCUGAUCAGAACCCCUUGUUCUAUGCAGGAGGCAUUGAAAUCCUGACUGAAAUGAUGAAGGACUGCACAGAACGAACUUUAUUCAGGACACAAAAUGGAUUCAAUAUCAUCAGUGGGAAUGAGGUCAUAAGAAGGUGCUUCUCCACAGCAGGAAAAGAUGCCAUGGAAGAGACCGUGUGUGUGUCUGUUCUCAGGCUCUGGCAAGCAGUGUGCAGCGGGAACGAGGAGAACCAGCGCCUGCUUGUGACACGCCCUGACGCAGGCAGGCUGCUGCCCUCCCUCUUGGCCUCAGGGGUCCUGACCAUCCAGCAGCAGAGUCUGGCCCUGCUGCUGCAGCUUGCCCAGAUGGAGACCGGCCGGGGCCUGAUCAUCGGCCACCUCGACCUGACCCGAUUGUUGGAAGCCCUGGUGUCAUUUCUUGAAUUCUCUGAUAAGAAGGCCAACUCAGCCAUGGGACUGCUCACAGACUUGGCUCUGGAAGAAGGAUUCCAAAUCUGGUUCCAGGCCAACCUUCCAGGUGUUCUCCCAGCACUCACAGGCGUCCUGAAGAGAGACCCCAAGGUAACCAACACCUCAGCUCUCAGCCAGUGUAUUGCCAUCAUGGGGAAUCUCAGUGCUGAGGCUGCCACCCGAAGACAGAUGUCUGCUUCUGAAGAAUUUGGGGAUGCCUGCUUGGCCCUCAUGGCCAGGUGUGAGGAGGAUGUGGACCUGUUCAGAGAUGUCAUAUAUACACUCCUGGGACUCCUGAUGAAUUUGUGCCUUCAGUUCCCCUUUGUCUCGGAGGUUUGGGCCAUGGAGGUGAGCAGGAGGUGCAUGUCUCUACUGAACAGCCAGGAUGGAGGAAUCCUCACAAGGGCUGCGGGUGUUCUCAGCCGCACCCUUUCUUCCUCUCUGAAAAUUGUCAAGGAGGCCCUAAGAGCAGGCGUGGUGAAGAAGAUGAUUAAAUUCCUGAAGGCAGGAGGCCAGACUGCAUCACACUAUGCCGUGAAGACUCUAGCUGUCUGCACUAAUAGUUUUCAUGAAGCACGAGAGGAAGUGAUAAGACUGGAUAAAAAGUUCAGUGUUCUGAUGACACUGCUUAGCUCGGAGGAUGAGAUUCUGGUGGGCAACGCCGCCCUCUGCCUGGGGAACUGCAUGGAGGUGCCGCAGGCCGCGUCCUCCCUGCUGAAGACAGACAUUGUGCCGGUCUUGUUGAAGCUCGCAGGUAGUGAUGCGCAGAAGACAGCCGUGCAGCUGAAUGCAGGGAUCGCUCUGGGGAAGCUGUGCACAGCCGAGCCGAGGUUUGCUGCUCAACUGAGAGAGCUUCAUGGGCUAGAAAUUCUCAACUCAACCGUGAAGUACAUCAAGGAUUCUUGAGAGACGUGGUGUCUGUGCAAACACAUGACUGUGUGCUUUGGGCGGUUCCUGUGCUAAUAAAG